GAUUAUAAGUAGGUAUUUUAGUAGUAGUUGAUAGGACAAUUUUUUUUUCUUUAUUAGAAAGAGUUUUUUUAUUUAUUGGUCUUAUCCAAAUUUUUGCAUUGAUCUGUAACUUUCAAUACAAAGCCAAUGAAUAUAAUAUUUAUAUUAACAUCAGAUUAUUUAAAUAUUUUUGGUAAUGCUGUUUUGGCAAACCUAAGCCAGAAAUCACUAAGAAAGAAGCUGAUCUGCAGCAAACAUUUCAGUGAAAAUAUUAGUCAAUCUAAAAGUUUGCCUACUACUGCUGUACCAUUCCGUUACAAAAAUGAUGAAGGUUCAGAAAGUGAAUCGUAUAGGGAAAAUUUGGAUGAACAAAUAAUCCAAUUGAAUGUUUCCUCACAUCCACAAAUAUAUUCAAAUAGUGAUUUUAUUGCCCCGACUCAUUCCAGAAACAUUGAUAUGACAGAUAGUUCUAUCAGUAACCAUGAAGAUGAAGAGUGGUUGAAAAAGUUACAAAACCUUCCAACUUGUUCUAUGAGAAUUAGAGGUAGGAAGCAGUCAUUGCAAGAAGAAAAUGAACUGUUGAGAAAGGAACUAACCAAUGCUAGGAAAAAAGUCAAUAACCUGAAUACUCAAUUGAGAGCUACAAAAAAAAAGGAUUAUGAAAACGCAACUCUCUGCGAACGUUUUGUAUGGAGAAGGAACUUUCACGAAUUUUACAAAAUCUCUUGUGAAUAUGCACUUACGACAUAAGAUGAAAUCCCCAUGGUUACUUUCUGAAAAGAAAACUGCCCUGUCAUUAUUUUAUAAAGGACCUAAGACACACAUAUAUUUGCGACAACAAGGGUUUAUUUAUCAACAGUGAAAUCAUGGGUUGCCAAUUUCCGUUGCAAACCUGGAUUCAAUAAAAAAAUUUUAUGCACCUUACUUUCGACGAAAUGUCUAUUAAGAGAAAUCUUGAGUACAACAUGAAAACAGAUUUAAUUGAGGGUUUUGAAGAUCUGGGCGAGUUUAGAAGAAAGCCUUUCCCUUCUAGUGCAGCUCUAGUUCUCAUGAUCAGGGGAAUCUAUAGCAACUGGAAAAUUCCUAUUGCCUACUUUGUAUCAAAUGGUGGGGUGUCAUAUGCUUCUUUAUGGUGUAUAAUUACCAAGGCAUUGGAAAAACUUAUUAUGGUAUAUUCUUUUUGUUUUUUUUUGGUAAAUCAAUACACAAUCUUUUUUAUGUUAACGUUUCGGUAGCGUUGAUCCAGCUACCAUUAUGAAGAAUAAUGUUUUAUAAAAUUUUGGUUCCUAGCUGACAUUAAUGAAAAAAUUUGAAAACUAGAACAUCGAUAAUAUUAUAUAUAAUAAGAUGAUUUAAAACUGAUGCAAAAAAUUAUCGUCCAUUUUUCAAGGUCCAUUCACAGUAGAUUAUAUUUUCGAUAAAAGGUGAAUAUUGAAAUAUUUGUGUGGAUUAUGGUUUGAUUUCCAAUAUUCAACAACAAAAAGAAUAAUGAAUAAUCAACAUUUUUAUUUAUAGUAGGUAGGUGUUUCAAUAGUAAAUGUGAUUACUUGACCCAAGAAUAUCUAGAGGUCAUCGCGAGUAGAUUCUACAUGUACUACAUUUUUGGGGUUUUACAGUCUUCUUAACGGAGAUUCAGGAUGUUUAGUGGAUUUUGUCCAUUUCUUUCUGUGGUCAAUAUUAAGAGCUACUUUCUAUAUAUUUUCUUCAUAAUACAUAGUCCAAAUAGGUCGGGUACUGGUUAUAAAAAAAAUUUCCAGAAAACAAAAAUAUUGGAAUGUGAAUAAUGUUCCGAAGCAACACUAUCAUACUUUUUAACAAACAUUUUGAGAAUUUGAAAAAGUUUUAAAAUUACAAUAAAUUUACUCAAUUUGUUGGCCAUUCGAAUUUCCCACUAACAAUGUUUUAGCUGUAAAAUGCACAAGGAAUACACACAGGACCGUACUACUUGUAGUUUCUGAUAAUUUUUUCAAACGCUCAGUCUAUAAUUCUUAUAAUUUUAUAUCAACAAUUUCAUAAAAAGUGUAGUUAUUAUUGUUACUUUAUUUAAUAUUUUGAGUGUUUUAUUUAGUUAUCUAAUAUGAAGGAUGCAAUUACCUCAGAGCAAAAAUCCGUGAUUCCUGACGUUUAUACCAAAAUCUAACUUUUUUUUAUUUACAUUUAUUUAUUUCAAUUUAUUCAUAAUGUACUUCAUACCUUCACAUUGUAUUGAAAAUACAAAAUUUCAACUCAUCCUCCUCUAUUUACAUUGAAAUCCGUCUGUUUACAAUUUAACUGAAAGUCCAAGCAUUAGGUAAUGCCAUAAGAUGUUUAUUGUCCAACCGAGCUCUGACCUGUUAGAACCUUCAUGCUAAAAAAUUAUCAUCUAGAUAUCUUUAGAUUUAUAAGCAACAAAUAGAUUUAGUAAGUUCCGAAUAUCGACGACCACGGCACUUCUUCAAGAAAGGACAUAUUAGUAUGAUUUAUUAGGAAUUAGGACUUUAGGAAUUAUUAGUCCGAUAUUGUAUUAUGAUACAUUUAGUAUAUUUCAUCUCGUUAUGUUUAAAAUAUUGGUAUAGUUAGAAUUUUUUACAAGCUAUUGUUUUUGAUUUUAUCAAAUAUAUUAAUACAGUACGAAAGCGGAAUAAAAUCAAAAAUAUUUUUCCCAGGAAGAAAGGGGAAAAUCAAAUCAAAUCAACUGAAAUCGCAAAUUCUUAUAAUUUCAGUCACCAAAGGAAUGUAUAUGUAUUUUAUAUACCUUUGUGCAAGGAUCCUUCUUCCUAUUGCAAAUUUAAGUGAUUAACAUAUUAAUGAACAAUUAUUUGUUUCAUUUGCUAGUACUACACGAACUCAUUACAAAAAUCUUUUUUUUAUACAUUGAAAUUGGUGACAAUUAGUACUGAAAUUAAGUUUAUUUUCGGUUCGAGAUGAAUACAUGAUAUAACAUUAUUAUAAACAUAAAUUUCAAAAUACGCCCUAUCUCUCUAUUGUAAAGAUUCCUAUCGAAUAGGUAAUUUGUGUCACUUUUGUAAUAAAAGUAAAAUCGGCAACAAUGUACUGUCGGUUCGAAUUUCGAAGAUAAAGAAAACUUCACAUUAUUUCAGAUGGCACUAAGCUACGGGUCACUUUUAUGAAGAACGAGUGUAAAAGUAACUAGAUGGCGUGCAAAAUUGCCUUAAAUGUUUUUAACAUUGUCACUGUUCUAUUCUUUAUACAAUGGUGAUAGUGACAUUUCAAGUUAUGUGCUCCUUUUUCUGUUGACUUUUUGUGAUAGUGACACUUUCCUGAUAAGUGCACCAGAACUUCUCACUUCGAUUAAUUACAAUUUACGAUGAUAAGAAGACUUAGGUCGUCGCGGACCAUCAAAGAUCUCAAUGCGACCAUUCAGAAUUUUCUUCCGGGACAGUUGGAUCCUUCAAAUCACUCGACACCGUUAUGA